AGAAGGGGGGCGGGCCGAGAUGAGGAGCAGCUAGCAGCCAUCGCAGCAAAGCAGGCGAGCGGAGCUAGCAGGCGAGGCUACCAAAGUACAUAUCACCAUGAAGUAUUACAGAGGCGUCCUCCCGUGGACUUCCGACAUUACUAUUAGGAGCUAGUGGUGUAUUUGGACGGUGAGCUGGUGCUGCCCGGACCCCAGCCUCGGGGAUGGAUUAAGGUCGGGACCUGUCCGCCCCGCUGGAGCUGUGCAGAGCACGAAUGGACUCAGUGCUAACUAGAGCUACCAUUAGCCACGGCUAAGGACUGUAACAUGGAGGUGGUGCUGGCUGACUAGCCCCGAGCUAACCGGUGGCGUUAGCUAUCUGACCAAGCUGGUUGAAAGUUUGAUUUCUAAUCAACACCCUCUGAAAAGAGUGGACUUCGGGCACAACCAUGCCUCCCAGACCCUCAUCAGGAGAACUAUGGGGCAUGCAUUUGAUGCCCCCCAGCAUCCUUGUGGACUGUCUUUUACCGAACGGCAUGAUCCUCACAUUGGAGUGCCUGCGGGAAGCCACAUUGAUCACAGUCAAGCAUGAGCUUUUUAAGGAGGCCAGGAAGCAUCCACUGUACCAUCUACUGCAGGAGGAGAGCUCCUACAUCUUUGUCAGUGUCACUCAGGAGGCAGAGAGGGAAGAAUUUUAUGAUGAAACACGGAGACUGUGUGAUCUCAGGCUCUUUCAGGCCUUUCUCAAAGUCAUUGAGCCUGUUGGCAACAGAGAGGAGAAAAUCUUAAGCAGAGAGAUUGGUUUUGCAAUUGGCAUGCCUAUUUGUGAGUUUGAUAUAGUGAAAGACCCAGAGGUACAGGAUUUCAGAAGAAACAUCUUAAAUGUGUGUAAAGAAGCAGUUGACCUCAGGGACAGUAAUGGACCUCACAGUCGUGCUCUCUAUGUAUAUCCUCCCAAUGUUGAAUCCUCACCUGAACUUCCUCGGCACAUCUAUAACAAGCUUGAUAAAGGUCAAAUAAUUGUGGUUAUAUGGGUUAUCGUUUCGCCCAGUAAUGACAAGCAGAAAUACACUCUAAAAAUCAAUCAUGACUAUGUACCAGAGCAGGUCAUAGCCGAAGCCAUAAGGAAGAAAACCCGCAGCAUGUUGCUCUCCCCGGAGCAACUGAAGAUGUGUGUGCAGGAGUAUCAGGGAAAGUACAUCCUCAAAGUGUGUGGCUGUGACGAGUACUUACUGGAGAAAUACCCUCUGAGUCAGUACAAGUAUGUGCGCAGCUGCAUCAUGCUCGGACGAAUGCCCAACUUGAUGUUAAUGGCAAAAGACAGCCUUUAUUCCCAGUUGCCUAUGGACAACUUCACCAUGCCCUCGUAUGCAAGGCGGAUAUCCACAGCUACGCCAUACAUGAACGGGGAAACGGCCACAAAGUCUCUAUGGACAAUCAAUGGAACACUGCGGAUCAGGAUACUGUGUGCUACUUAUGUCAAUGUCAACAUCAGAGAUAUUGAUAAGAUCUAUGUUCGGACUGGGAUUUACCAUGGAGGAGAGCAGAUGUGUGACAAUGUCAACACUCUGCGUGUGCCCUGUUCAAACCCCAGGUGGAACGAGUGGCUCACCUACGACAUGUACAUUCCAGACAUCCCUCGAGCUGCGCGGCUCUGUCUUUCAAUCUGCUCUGUCAAAGGAAGGAAAGGCGCAAAAGAGGAACAUUGUCCUUUGGCUUGGGGCAACAUUAACCUGUUUGACUACACACACACUCUUGUAGCAGGAAAAAUGGCCCUCAAUUUGUGGCCUGUUCCCCACGGCCUUGAAGACCUGCUUAACCCUAUUGGCGUGACGGGAUCAAACCCAAAUAAGGAAACGCCUUGUUUGGAGUUGGAGUUUGACCAUUUCAGCUGUCCAGUCAAAUUCCCUGACAUGACCAUUAUAGAGGAACAUGCAAACUGGAACAUAUCCAAAGAGCUUGGCUUCAAUUAUUGCCACACUGGCCUUAGUAAUAGAAUAGCACGGGACAACCCUCUCACAACUGUCGACAAUGAGCAGCUACGACAUCUGUGCAACAGAGACCCUCUAUCUGAAAUCACUGAGCAAGAGAAGGACUUUCUGUGGAGGCACAGACAUUAUUGUGUCAACAUACCAGAGAUCCUUCCCAAAAUCCUAUUGGCAGUGAAAUGGAACUCCAGAGAUGAGGUUGCACAGAUGUAUUGCCUUCUGAAGGACUGGCCUGCUAUCAAGCCAGAACAAGCCAUGGAGUUGCUGGAUUGUAACUUUCCAGAUCCAAUGAUCAGAGAUUUUGCCGUCAAGUGCCUAGACAAAUAUCUAACUGAUGACAAGCUCUCGCAGUACCUCAUUCAGCUUGUUCAGGUUCUAAAGUAUGAGCAGUACCUUGAUAACCCACUUGCACGUUUUUUACUGAAGAAGGCACUUACCAAUCAAAGGAUAGGACAUUUCUUCUUUUGGCAUCUAAAAUCAGAGAUGCACAAUAAAACGGUGAGUCAGCGGUUUGGUCUCCUGCUGGAGUCCUACUGCCGCGCCUGUGGCAUGUACCUGAAGCAUCUCAGUCGACAAGUGGAGGCUAUGGAGAAGCUUAUCAACCUGACAGACCUCCUCAAGCAGGAAAAGAAAGAUGAGGCACAAAAGGUCCAAAUGAAAUUUCUGGUAGAGCAGAUGAGAAGACCUGACUACAUGGAUGCACUGCAAAAUUUCACCUCUCCUCUGAAUCCUGCACAUCAGCUGGGAAACCUUCGGCUGGAGGAAUGCAGAAUGAUGUCAUCAGCCAAACGGCCUCUUUGGCUAAACUGGGAGAACCCAGACAUGAUGUCUGAGCUCCUUUUUCAGAACAACGAGAUCAUUUUCAAAAACGGCGAUGAUCUGCGGCAGGACAUGCUGACACUGCAGAUCAUCAGGAUAAUGGAGAACAUCUGGCAGAACCAGGGCCUUGAUCUCAGGAUGCUGCCAUAUGGCUGUCUGUCUAUUGGGGACUGUGUGGGUUUGAUUGAGGUGGUGCGUAACUCCCACACCAUCAUGCAGAUCCAGUGCAAGGGUGGCCUGAAGGGGGCGCUGCAGUUCAACAGUCACACACUGCACCAGUGGCUCAAGGAUAAAAACAAGGGAGAAAUGUAUGACCAGGCCAUUGAUCUUUUCACGCGGUCAUGUGCGGGAUACUGUGUUGCCACAUUUAUUUUAGGUAUUGGGGACAGACACAAUAGUAACAUCAUGGUCAAAGACGAUGGACAGCUGUUUCACAUUGACUUCGGGCAUUUCCUUGACCACAAAAAGAAAAAGUUUGGAUACAAGAGGGAGCGUGUUCCUUUUGUGCUCACACAGGACUUCCUCAUUGUCAUCAGUAAAGGAACUCAGGAAUGCACCAAAACACGAGAGUUUGAAAGGUUUCAAGAAAUGUGCUACAAAGCGUAUUUGGCGAUCCGGCAGCAUGCCAACCUCUUCAUUAACCUGUUCUCCAUGAUGCUGGGCUCCGGGAUGCCGGAACUGCAGUCCUUUGAUGACAUCGCCUACAUCCGGAAAACUUUGGCGCUGGACAAGUCGGAACAGGAGGCCUUGGACUACUUUAUGAAACAGAUGAACGACGCUCAUCAUGGCGGCUGGACUACAAAAAUGGAUUGGAUCUUCCACACUAUUCGGCAGCACGCCAUGAACUGAGAUCCUCUGAAACUCUAUUCUUCUGUCGUAUUCCUCCAAGCAUCAGCAUUAGGAAAGGAACACAUACAGGAAGCUUUGAGGUGUUUUCUCCUCAUCUACACUACCUAUUAAAUGAAGAUGGUGCAAGCGCAAUUUGAGCAAACUAAUCUAUAAUGCAAUUCUACAAAACUGUCACAUAACUAAAAGUUACCACUUAAUCUGUAGUGUACAGAUGAUAUCCGAGGUUCAAGAUUUUAAAAACUGACUUUGUACAGAAGUGUAUUGGAGCGUACGAUGCACAUAUUCCUUUUGUUUACUCUGAGCCAAAGUACUACGAGUGUACCCCACUACUCUGCAGUCUUACAGUACAGAUACUAUUCCAGUCUGUGUGUACGCAAAGCACUGAUCCCUGCAGUAUGUGGAGUGUUGUUUUCAGUAUUAUUGUUUUGGGUCUCAUGUCUGUUGUUGAAUAGAGAUCUUUUUAUCCACCUGCCCUUAUGAGCUGGUUAAAGGUUUUUGCAGCAAAGGCACAAGGACACGUGGUCUCCUUUAGUGUGUGGUGCUGUUACACUAUGCAAGUUGUGCUACAAUGUAAGUAGUGAUGCAGAUUGCAGAUCGUAUGUGCAUUCCCAGCGUGCUGUGACAUUUGCCUGUCCAUCCGGCUUUCGCGUCUUCAAAGUGGUAAUUUGUAAUAUGUUUUAAGUUGUCCUUUGUAUUUUGUUUAGCCUCAAACAGGCAGUUGAAGGUGGACAUUUGUAACUGAAAUAUUUUCAAACUGUCUAAACGUUCUGUUUCCUUUGAAUGUUGUUGCUACAGAUCAAAUAUUGUGGAAAAAGUAAUUCAGUAGUUAAAGGUGCACUACUCACAUACUUGAGUAAAUACUUAACAUUGUUCACCAAAGUUAUGGUUUGGAGAGGUACUAAAUUCAAAGUUUGUGUUUUUCAAGGUAUUUUUGAGUAAGAAAAAUUUAAUUAAUGCAUUCAAGGCAUAGCCAUAACAUCUUGAAAACGAGCUGGUGUCACCCCUUCCACCAGAAAAGCUAUAUGGUGGAAGUUUAAAGAGUAAAUUUAAAAUUAUUUUCAGAAUAUGAAGAUUGAUAUGAUAAUGAGUGAGAUGAUUAUGGUUGAUAGAAGAAUCCCCAAAUUAAAGUAUUUCUGCUAUAAUUCAAGAUUCAACGCAUCUAUUUUGAAAGUUUCCUGAAUCUUUUUAGGAUUUUUUCUAGAACUUGGACUUUAACUACUGGCUACUACUUUUGCACAAUAUUCUGUUGUGCCUCUGUAUUUCAAAGUUGUCAUCUGUGAUCUUGUGUUCAUUGCAUAGAGUUGAGAUCUUUUAUUCUUGUAACCAAAAUGGCGCGUAGCCUUGGCCAUCUACAAACAUUUGCAAGUGCAAUGCUUUCUGCUGCAACUAUAUCGACUCUGUACAGGAUACAGAGCAGUGGGCCGGACCCAAUCAAAAAUAAAAGAAAAUCUAGGCCCUUGAUAAAAUG